AUGACUUGUGAAAUUCCAAAUGACAGUUAUCUAACCUGGAAUGAGGAAAUCACGCCUAUGAAGUGUCGAAGGGAAAGCCAUUUGGAGCCUUCGAUGCGGAAGAAGUCAUUGAUGAAACCUAAACACAAGUUACGAAUUGGUGCUUGGAAUGUAAGAACUAUGUACCAAUGUGGAAAAAGUAGACAGGUAUCAAUGGAAAUGGAUAGAUACCAAUUGGAUAUCUUGGGAAUAUCAGAACUUAGAUGGACAGGUUUUGGCAAGAUUAAAACUGGAAGUGAACAAAUCAUUUUGUACUCAGGAGCUGAAGAAAAGCACGAAAGAGGCGUGGCGCUAAUCAUUAAUAAAGAAACAGCGAAGAGUCUUUUGGAAUGGGAACCAAUCAGUGAAAGAAUUUUAAGAGCACGAUUUUAUUCAAAAUAUAUUAAACUAUCAAUUAUUCAAGUGUAUGCACCAACGAAUGAUGCUGAUGAGGAGGAAAAGGAGACAUUUUAUGAUCAACUACAAUGUGUUUUAAAUCGAGUUCCAAAACAUGACAUGAUAAUUCUUAUGGGAGACCUUAAUGCUAAGGUUGGAAAACGGAUUAGUGAUGAUGAAACCUCCAUGGGAAACGAAUCACCGGGUGAGAGGAACGAAAAUGGAGAACUGUUUGUUUCCCUGUGCGAACUAAAUAGUUUAAACAUAGGUGGGAGUAGAUUCAAGCAUAGAGAGAUACAUAAAUGUACAUGGACCUCACCAGACGGAAGAACAAAGAAUCAAAUAGAUCAUAUUGCAAUUAAUAACAAGUUCAGGAGCUCACUAAGAGACGUAAGAGCGAUGAGAGGUGCCGACGUUGGAUCAGAUCACUACUUGAUUCUUGCAAUAUUAAAACUAAAAUUAAGAAAAUCACCAAAGAAGACGGGACAUAAAAGAAUAAGCUAUGACAUUGCUAAGUUAAAAGCCAAAGAGUGCAGACAAGAAUUUUCAAUCGAGUUGAAAAACAGAUUUGAGCUGUUAAAGGAAGAAGAAAAUCAUGGCAACACUAAGCAAUCAGAAAAUGAGGUGAGUGGCGUCUUGACGAAUACUGGACAUAGUGUGGCAUUUCGGAUCUCUAAUCUACAUCCCAGUGUGCCAAUUAACAUAAGUGGAGGUCCUUUGUCUUAUAAAUACCGAUUUCAUGAACUACAUCUACACUAUGGGCAGAGUGACGACAAGGGAUCUGAACACACCGUUUCCGGAAUAUCAUUUCCUGGAGAGAGCAUUGCAAGUGAUAGUCAUGACAAAAAUAGAAAGUUAAAGCCUUAUAUAAUCAAAAAUAAUAAAUGA